AUGAAGGUGAAAGUGAAAGUAGAGACCACCACCAUUCUCAAACCAACUUACGAACCCACAUCUCCUCCAUCAACCCACGUCCUCUCCCUCACCGUCUUCGACAAGGUCACCUACGACACCCACAUCGCCGUCAUCUACGCCUUCCGCCCGCCGACGCCGCCCAACGCCACCAUCAAGCUCGGCCUCCAGAAAACCCUAGCCGAGUACCGCGAGUUCGCAGGACGGCUAGGGCGUGACGAGAAAAACGGAAACCCUAAGCUCAUCCUCCUCAACGACGAGGGUGUCAAGCUGGUUGAAGCCAGCACGGAUGCUCGGCUCGAUGAGGUGAUGCCCUUGACCCCAUCUCCGGCCGCGUGGAGCCUCCACCCGGCGCUGAAGGACGUCGAGGAGCUGGUUCAGGUCCAGCUCACGAGGGCAACUCGAGGACUCGACGUCGGUCCUUUGCCCUUCCGUGAUCGUGCAAUCUUCGCACCACGGGAGCCUCCCGUGGUCGAGCACGACCACAGAGGAGCGGAGUACGAGACUCGUUGCAGCGACAAGAAUUUGAAACUAGGUGUGUCCUCUUUUCAAUAUGACUCUCUGGUUGACGGUAUCGUCUUCCACAAGGUUCAUUUCACCCUCGAUUUCUUGUCCAAGUUGAAGUCGAGGUGUUCUUCGUCGACGAGCCGGUGCAGCACGUUCGUAUCCGUGGCGGCUCACCUCUGGAGGACCGUAACCAGGGCUCGGAACCUGGGUGGGUCCGACUCGACCAGGUUCCGGAUCUCGGUGGAUGGUCGGACUAGGAUGAUGAUCAACGAUGCUAGGGUUCCCGAUGAGUACUUUGGGAACUUGGUGUUAUGGGCUUUUCCUACAUCUCGAGUAGAGGACCUCCUGAAUGAACCGCUGUCCUACGCGGCGCAGCUGAUAAACGACGCCGUGGCGAGGGUCAAUGACGGCUACUUCAAGUCGUACCCGUUUUACGAUGUGGAUUUCGGCGGCGGGUGUCGUCCUUGCGUGUUCAUGCCGUCCUUCUUCCCGGCGGAAGGGGUGAUGUUUAUGCUGCCGUCGUUCGUCGGCGACGGGAGCGUCGAUGCGUUCGUGCCGCUUCUCCGGGACAAUUUGGACGCGUUUGAGGAAGUCUGCUACGUGCUGGAUUAA